AUGCCCGAUCUCAACUCGGUCCCUCCGUCGCCGCAUUCUCUCGCUCUCUCUCGUCGACAGUCGUCGCACCAAAUGGCUCCUCCUCCGCAUUCACAUCCCCCCGUGGCGUCGCCGUCGCCGCCGUCGUCGAUUAAUAUUCUCCCCUCGAACCAGAAUGCCCUGAGCCACGCCCACAGCCGUAGUGCCAGCUUGAGCCAGCCUCACGGAGCCUCCUUGCCCGCUUCGCCUCAGUUCGCUGCCGCCCAGCCCAUGCAACCUCAACCGCUGCACUUGUCCGGCGAUGCGUCUGUUGGGCCUGGCCCAGGGCCAUUGAGGCAUCCACGUCCUUUGACUGCGUCCGAGCUGCAUAUGCAGCUUGAGAAGGAGCAGGAGGCAGUAGUGAAUCGAUUGACACGCGAGCUUUCCCUCCUUCGAGCUGCUCAAAAUGCGUCCGUGGUUUCCAACGCCUCUUCGACGUCUGCUUCAGCCUCAACUCACGAUCCUAUUACUGAAUCCUCUCUCCUCUCCGGCUCGGGAUUUACCAUCCCCACCACUCGUCGACACCACCGUAAUUCGUCGUCUGCUUCUCAGAAUCAUGGGCUACAGCAGCUCGCUUCUUCGUACGAGGCCAGACAUGCCGUUCCACGACCUGCACAGUCUAUCCCGCUUUCCCGACAAAGUUCGCACUCCCGAAUUAGCCGAACCAACUCUCCCGGUCCCCAGCCAAGUGCUUUGGAUCCGUCGAGUUACUUUCACAGCCAGCGCGUUCCGCACCCAACGUCUGUUGCUAUGAGUUCAGUCGCCGCUACUCCUGGUAGCGGAAGCCUCGCGGAUCAAAUGAGCCCAGGUCUUAUGCCCGCAACGAUGCGAUUUGAAGAAACUGCGUUUUAUAGGAACGAGCUCGAGUCGGCCAAAAAGGAAAACGAGACACUCAAGAGACGCAUUAGAGAGUUGGAAAGAAUGGUUCAGACUCGCCGGUCAACCGAAGUUGCCCGCCCUCGAAGCGACAGUGUUAGUACCACGGCCAGCGUCAGCGUUGCCCCGUCGGGGGGUGUCAGCAUUGCCGGUCCUCGCGAUAGCACCGUUCCUCAACGACCAGAGCGCGAACGUGGCAUGACUUCGCAGAGCGUUACUAGUGUUGCCGUAGGGGUGCCUGAUGACGAGGUCAAGGUUGGGGAGAGUGCUGCAAGCUCCGGCUUGGCAGGACAGCAGCGACAGUAG